UUAUCUAAACUUUCAGCCCCUAUUUGGGGACCAAAAUUGGGGGUAGAAUUGAUCAAAAUCUAUUCUUAGAGGAUGCCUGCGUCAUACAUUUACAUCUACCUGCAUGCCGAAUUUCAACCCAUUCAGUUUAAAACUGACAAAGUUGCAUACAAACUUUCAUCCCCUAUUUUACCCCCUUGGGGGUAUAAAUAAUCAAAACCCUUUUUUAGGGGAUACUUACGUCAUAACAUCAGUUUGCGUGUCGAAUUUCAACCCGAUCGGUGCAAAACCGACAAAGUUUCAUACAAACUUUUAUCCCUUAUUUUACCCCCUUGGGGAUGGAAAUGAUCAAAAUCCUUUCUUAGCCUACGUCAUAACAUCUACCUGCAUGCCAAAUUUCAGCCCGAUCCGUCCAAUUGUUUGGUGACUGUGACGU